AGAUACCUCCUGCACAGCUGUGGUCGAUCGCAGGACAGCCGCAGGUGAUGAAAAACCGUGAACCCAGGACGGGCAGGGCGUGAGACCGCCUGCGGGAGGAUCAGCGAUGUCAAGACGUUACAAACGCACGAACCCCCUCACCGUCUCCCUGGCGUUUGUGGGGUCCUGUUCAAGCUCCUUCACACGUAGAGCACCGGGCCUCGCUCCUCCGACUCCUUCCGUGGGCCUGAACCUUGAGGUACUUAGGCCUCCCCACGCUGGAGGGGCUCUGUAGGGACGUCGAGGCCACGUUUCCAGUCAUCCCUCCACCCGUCUUUCCCCAGGAGCUGAGUUUUGAAGGCAAGACUUUGCGGGAGUCUGGCGUUAAUACGCAUCCCCAAAGUCUGGAGUCGAUAAGGACUAAAGACACGACGCCGACGGCGGCCGGGGGACAGCGGGCACGCUCGUCUCAUCCAGGGCGAGGCCGAGCGGAGCCUCUGAUCCUGCCCCGCGCCCAGGGUUCAGCAGUGGGGGUCGUCCCGCCCCAGAUCCCACCGAGAUGGCCCCCCUUGACCCACAGGCCUUUCGAGACGCGAGCUUCCGCGAUCCGGGGUCUCUGUGCGAACGUGGGCGUCUUGGAAGAGUUCCAGCCCCGCUCGGGGGGCAUAGGCAGCCGCUCUCAGCACGGCACCAGCGCCUCCGCGGUCGACAGACAUGCUUCCGGAUCGGCCGGCACCGCGGAGCCCCCUGGGUAACGAGCCCGCCCCACCCGCGCCAGGUUCCGGCGUCGGCGUUAGGCGCGUUGCUGACGGGCAGGUUGCGUAGCCAAUUGCGGCUAGGCGGCGUCGCGCUUGUCGCGGGCCGAACCAAUGGCACGCGACGGGGCGGGGCGGUGGCGGCCGUGGAGCUUCGCGGGGAGCCGCCCUGCGGGAAGAAGCCGAAGGGGAGUCGGCGGCACAAAAUGGCGGCGGCGGCGGCGGCGGCGGCGGCUGGGGCUGCAGGGUCGGCAGCUCCCGCGGCAGCGGCCGGCGCCCCGGGAUCUGGGGGCGUACCCUCAGGGUCGCAGGGGGUGCUGAUCGGGGACAGGCUGUACUCUGGGGUGCUCAUCACCUUGGAGAACUGUCUCUUGCCUGACGACAAGCUCCGUUUCACGCCGUCCAUGUCGAGCGGCCUCGACACCGACACAGAGACUGACCUCCGCGUGGUGGGCUGCGAGCUCAUCCAGGCGGCCGGCAUCCUGCUCCGCCUGCCGCAGGUGGCCAUGGCUACCGGGCAGGUGUUGUUCCAGCGGUUCUUUUAUACCAAGUCCUUCGUGAAGCACUCCAUGGAGCAUGUAUCAAUGGCCUGUGUCCACCUGGCUUCCAAGAUAGAAGAGGCCCCAAGACGCAUACGGGACGUCAUCAAUGUGUUUCACCGCCUUCGACAGCUAAGAGAGAAAAAGAAGCCCGUGCCUCUACUACUGGAUCAAGAUUAUGUUAAUUUAAAAAACCAAAUUAUAAAGGCGGAAAGACGAGUUCUCAAAGAGUUGGGUUUCUGCGUCCAUGUGAAGCAUCCUCAUAAGAUAAUCGUUAUGUACCUUCAGGUGUUAGAGUGUGAGCGUAACCAACACCUGGUCCAGACCUCAUGGAAUUACAUGAACGACAGCCUUCGCACCGACGUCUUCGUGCGGUUCCAGCCAGAGAGCAUCGCCUGUGCCUGCAUUUAUCUUGCUGCCCGGACGCUGGAGAUCCCUUUGCCCAAUCGUCCCCAUUGGUUUCUUUUGUUUGGAGCAACUGAAGAAGAAAUUCAGGAAAUCUGCUUAAAGAUCUUGCAGCUUUAUGCUCGGAAAAAGGUUGAUCUCACACACCUGGAGGGUGAAGUGGAAAAGAGAAAGCACGCUAUCGAAGAGGCAAAGGCCCAAGCCCGGGGCCUGCUGCCUGGGGGCACACAGGUGCUGGAUGGUACCUCGGGGUUCUCUCCUGUCCCUAAGCUGGGUGAGUACUGUGGCGUGAUCUCGGCUCACUGUAAUCUCCGCUUCCCGGGUUCAAGCGAUUCUCCUGCUUCAGCCUCUGGAGUAGCUGGGACUACAGUGGAAUCCCCCAAAGAAGGUAAAGGGAGCAAGCCUUCCCCACUGUCUGUGAAGAACACCAAGAGGAGGCUGGAGGGCGCCAAGAAAGCCAAGGCGGACAGCCCCGUGAACGGCUUGCCAAAGGGGCGAGAGAGUCGAAGUCGGAGCCGGAGCCGUGAACAGAGCUACUCAAGGUCCCCAUCCCGAUCAGCGUCUCCUAAGAGGAGGAAAAGUGACAGCGGCUCCACAUCUGGUGGGUCCAAGUCACAGAGCCGCUCCCGGAGCCGGAGUGACUCCCCACCGAGACAGGCCCCCCGCAGCGCUCCCUACAAAGGCUCUGAGAUUCGGGGCUCCCGGAAGUCCAAGGACUGCAAGUACCCCCAGAAGCCACACAAGUCUCGGAGCCGGAGUUCUACCCGUUCUCGAAGCAGGUCACGGGAGCGUGUGGAUAAUCCGGGAAAAUACAAGAAGAAAAGUCAUUACUACAGAGAUCAGCGACGGGAGCGCUCGAGGUCAUAUGAACGCACAGGCCGUCGCUAUGAGCGGGACCACCCUGGGCACAGCAGGCAUCGGAGGUGAGGCGGGGUUGCAGUGACUGGCGGCCGCAGGCCCUUCCCUGGGGGGUACCUGAUGGCUGCCCUUUGACCCCUGGGUGUGCUCUCUCAGCGCAAGUGGCCCUAGAGCAGGAUUCUUUUUGGAAAUGUCUGUCGACUGGACCUUGGUGGAUUUGGAAAUGGAACUGAGGGACCGGUGACACGUGCUUCAGACCGGUCUGGGGUGUGGCGCACACCUGGGCCCGUGCAGGGCCCAGCUCGGCAGCAGCUCUGAGGGCAGCUCAAUGAAAUAGUGAAUGCACACGCCCUUGUUGGUGUGGCCUGGCAUGGCCUGGCGUGGCCUGGUGCUAUCGGCAGCCGCUCUCCACUCCCUGACUGAUACUCAAUUACGUGAAGCCAAGAAAGACGAUUUUUAGAACCUUUGCCUAUAUUAGGUUGUACUUAUGUACAUAUUUUGCAGUGUUUCACAGGAGAAAAUGGCCUUAAUUGCCCCUUAUUCUCUCUCCACGUUGUAAAUAAACAUGUGUUUAAUACAAGUUAAAGCUAUAUAUGAAAACUCA